UAAAAUAAAUAAAAAGGUUUGGCCACCGAGAAGAGAAGGGAAGAGAAGAGAACCGGAAUUUUGGCGACCAAGAAAAAAAGCAAUACGGGAUUUGCUCCAUUGCUCAAUUUUGCUCUAUUGAGCUAGUGCUACUUCUCCUCCUGAGGCCCUUUCGUUUUUUCACUGGGAAAUGGAAAACCAGAGUGUGAACGGCAUCGAAGCCGCGAAAAUCUCUGUCCUCAAUUGUAUGGAUCUCUCUAAUCCUGACAUUCACCAAUCCGUUUCGUUGCUCAAGCAGGCGUGUUUGGAUUCGGGAUUUUUCUACGUUGUAAACCAUGGGAUAAGCGAGGAAUUCAUGGACGAGGUUUUCGCACAGAGCAGAAUGAUGUUUGGUCUGCCAUUAAGCGAUAAAAUGAAGCUUUUAAGGAACGAGAAACACAGGGGCUACACCCCUGUUCUUGACGAGAUUUUGGACCCUGAAAACCAAGUUUACGGAGAUUACAAGGAGGGAUACUACCUAGGAGUGGAAGUAGCUGAAGAUGACCCUGCAGCUGAAAAACCUUUUUAUGGGCCAAAUGUUUGGCCUGCACCAGGACUAUUGCCUGGAUGGAGGGAGACAAUGGAGAGGUUUCAUCAAGAGGCUUUAAAGGUUUCAAGAGCAGUUGCCAGGAUAAUAGCUCUUGCACUUGAUCUGGAGGUUGAUUUCUUUGACAGGCCACAAAUGCUUGGCGAGCCAAUUGCAACCUUGCGCUUAUUACACUACGAAGGUCAAGUUUCUGAUCCCUCAAAGGGAAUAUAUGGAGCUGGAGCUCAUUCUGACUAUGGUUUGAUUACCCUUUUGGCAACAGAUGACGUCGUAGGUCUCCAAAUAUGCAAGGAUAAGGAUGCUAAACCUCAGAUAUGGGAAUAUGUGCCGCCAUUGAAAGGAGCAUUUAUAGUGAAUCUUGGUGACAUGCUGGAGCGCUGGAGCAACAGUAUUUUCAAGUCCACCUUGCACAGAGUUUUGGUGAAUGGUCAAGAGAGAUACUCUAUUGCAUAUUUUGUGGAACCAAGUCAUGAUUGUCUUGUUGAGUGUUUGCCAACAUGCAAGUCAGAAAAUAAUCCUCCCAAGUUUCCUCCUAUCUUAUGUCAAACUUACCUCAGCCAACGCUACGAGGACACUCAUACUGAUCUGAGUAUAUACAACAAAACUGAAGCUUAAGUUUCGCCCCAGGACGCUGUGGGAGAUCUACACACCUGAGCAGCCAGAAAUUUAUUCUACCAAAUCAAAUUCGAACGAUAUAAUCAGACCAGUAGAGGUUUCUACAUAGAUUUACACUUGUUUUUACAUGUUUUCUAUAUUAUGUUGCUUUAGGUAAAAUCAUAAGGUAGGUUGGCUAUGUCGGUGAAGAAAAUGUCGAUUCCGGAUGUGUAACCGUGCUAUUUUAGAAUUUCGGUGGGCCAUUAUUAGAGAUAUGGUGUCAGGUGUGUAACAAACGGAUGUAUAUAAUUAGUUAUU